UUUUUUUCCGACCCCCCCCCCCCCAAAAAAUGUCUUGGUUUCAGUCCUAUCUUCACUCUAUGAGCAUCAUACACCGAGACCUCAACUCUCACAACUGCCUGGUUAAACUGGACAACACCGUGGUCGUUGCUGACUUCGGACUGUCGCGACUCAUCGUAGAAGAGAAAGUGAAGCCAUCACCUGAAAAAAGCUCCACCAAGAAGAGGGUGUUCCGACGUUCUGACCGGAAAAAAAGGUAUACCGUGGUUGGAAACCCCUACUGGAUGGCCCCAGAGAUGCUAAAUGGUAAACGCUAUGAUGAAAAGGUGGACAUUUUCUCCUAUGGAAUUGUUCUUUGUGAGAUCAUCGGAAAGGUCUACGCAGAUCCAGAAUGUCUUCCCAGAACUCUAGACUUCGGUCUGAACGUGGGAAAGUUUGUGGAGAAGUUCCUCCCUGAAGACUGUCCGCCAGCGUUCUUUCCGCUGGCUGUGGCUUGCUGCGAUCUCACACCAGACAACCGGUGAGACCCUUUUGGUGAUUUGAAAUCC